AUCUGAAAUCGGGUGGUGAAAAAUUGUCGGACUCGAUUACGUGCGAAACGGUAGCUCGAACACGAACCACAGUACGUAUAGGACCAUUUAAAUUAUCGUCAAGAACAUCAGGGCGGCUGUAUAAUAUUUGUAUUGAAGAAAAAUAAAUAAAGUAAAACCUAAUACCAACAAUACAAAUUUACCGAAUAGGUUUUAUUAUACUUAUGUACAUUAUUUACGUAAGAUUGCCAUCUGGUUACGUGCAUGUACGCGUCUUUUGCUUGCAUGGUAUAUUUGUGUAUAUCUUAUAUGGUCAUAUCGACCCAAUAUAUCUGUGAAACGAGGGCGGUUUAUAAACCUUGUAUAUAAAGUGGGAACAUAUAGGUGUAAUAAAGUCGGCCAAAAAAGGAACGAAAUAACAGGCAAUAGAAAAACUGUUACCGUAAGAUUUGUAUAUGAGAAUAAUAUUGCACCGUGCACUUCGCAUUCGAUUAUUUUAUUUUAUAUCGUUUCUUUUUUCCUUCCAAUUUUCGAUUAAGGCGCGAGAAAUUGUUUUUCAAACAAACUGACCGACGAGUAAUUUUCCUAAAUCCACACGAUUAAUAUUUCAACUGGUAAACUGCAUAAAUUCAACAGCGCCGCAUUCAAAUUACAUAUACCUAUGUAUAUUUUUCUUUAGUUAGUCAAAUUAAAUACAGAAAAGCGAGAGUAGGUGUUCGUCCAUAUUUCACGUCGAACAAAUGUACGUUUUAACACAUGAGAGGUAGGUAUACGUACGUACGAACGACUACUUAACCUCGACCUUCUUUCGCUUUAGUUUACGUACAACUGGUUGUAUAUUCAUCCAUUUUAUUUAUAAACACACAUAAGUAUUGUACCUGCGGCGAAGAACAAUUCGAAAGAAGUCGAGUCGUCUCGACUCUGAAAUUUAAAUUAUAACCCGCGAGUGACCGAGCGAGGCGCGUGGAUACGCCGAUUCUAACGUUGAAAAUUUUCAAAGAAGCCAGAAAAUAAAAAUGAAUUAUACAAAUACGACUGCUAACAAUAACCGUAACGGUUUCGCAUAAUUUAAGAAUGGGAAAAACUGUGUCGGUUUGAAAAAAAUAAUGAAUAAAUAAAAACACUGUUCAUAAAACUUGUAAAUUUCUUUAAUUUUACCAUAAACAAAUUUCGCACGUGAAACGUGGCACAUUUCUACGUAAAAAGGUGAAAGAGAAAAGCAAGGAAAAAAUAAAGAACACAAAAUGCCAGACCGAAAUAGAAAUAGCAAAUCAUCUUAGCGAGUACAUGCGAUUCGAUUAACGCCUUGAGAAAAAAACUAACGAGAAAAAGUAAAGUUUUCUUGUUUGCCAAUUAGUAUAAUAAGUGUCAGUUAUUUAAUAAUAAUAAUAAUAAUACUAAUUUUCAAAGGUAAAUUUUUUUUUUCCAUUGUAUUCUUCAGUGCAGAUGUUGCAAGUGAAGAUAGAAAAAUAAGAACGUAUCAAUUUUGUACGUUUCACGUUAUUUCAUCGGCUACACUACGUGACUGUGAAUAUCUUUACGUUUAGUAUGCAUAAUUUCUUUUUGUUUCUAGUAAAUACCUUUUGUGGUAUUUUAUAUGCAGACACAAGUGUGUAUCUACUUUUAUGUGCGACGAAGAGACCUAAAUAACUGCAGUACAUAGACGACGACGCUUUUAAGGCAUCGUAAGACUAUUCUCCAUAGUAAUGCGAACACUGAUUUUAAUACAUACGAUAGGAGCUGCUUUUGCUGCUAAAGAAGUUUGCGUAGGCGAUGCAAAAUUCGUUCUUGGAGUAUGGGAUACUGCCGGCAGUGAAAGAUAUGAAGCAAUGAGCAAGAUAUAUUACCGUGGCGCUAAAGCUGCGAUUGUCUGUUACGAUGCAACGAAUAUAAAUUCCUGGAAUAGAGCAAGGUUCUGGGUUAGAGAGCUGAGAAGUGUUGAAGAAGAGUGCAUAGUUUAUAUUUGCGGGACGAAAAAAGAUCUUAUAGAUGGAGGAGAGGCAGCAAAUCCUGACAUUGACAUCGUAGAAAAAUAUGCGAAUGGCAUUCAAUCAAAAUUUUAUUUGACAUCGAGCAAGAAUGGAGAAAAUGUCGCCGAAUUAUUCCAUGAAAUAUCCAAAGAUUAUAUCUCCAAUCCAAAUAACUUACGAUCCUUAGAGGAGACGAUCAGCCUGACAAAAGAAGCCAAGGAGUCUCAUUGCUGUCCUCUAGGUUAAUGGACUGAAAUUAACUGUGAAGUUAAAGACUGUGGUUAAAGAUUGUAUGAUGUGAACUGUUCACUGUAUAAGAUUAUCUGUCUCGAAUUUUUCACGAGCAGUUUAUUACGGCUUUGAGCCAGAAUUGCAAAGCACCAAUAUUUGCCCAAACUUCAAUUUUACUUAAACUUGAAUGAAAUGGCUUGUGAUAUUUUCGACUUUAACAAAUUUUGGCCUUACCCUGUGACAUUGACCAAGUAACUUUGUACAUAAUAUAUUUUUUUACAUACUGUCCUGGUAUCUGGCAUCUUGGAAGUAAUUUUCAUAGCAAAAUCGUAUCUUUCUUCUCUGUAUAAAAUUACUACAGAAUAUUAAGCUAAAUAUGUAUGAUUGAACAACAUCAAACACUCAAAUCAGUAUUCCCAAGGUUUAACACCACUAUUAUUGUUAUCACUACUAUUGUUAAUUACUAUUAAUGUAUCUUUUUAAAAUAUAAUUGAUUUCGUUAAGGUUUCUCAAAAACCUUCCAGAUUAUAUGUCUAUGAAUAAAUUUUGUAUUCACUUUGA